UCGAUGCACUUUGUUGAUGGUUCGCGCGACCGUUUGCUUCAGCCGUCAUCUCACAAACUGUGUUACUUUUUUUUAACGAACUAGACUGGAUUUGGCCAAAACUAGAGGGAAACAUGAUUCCAGAACUGCAGGAAGCAAUUAGCAUUGCUCAGGAAAACCUUUACCGUGGUUUCAUAUCUUCGAAGAGGAGUGGCAUCGAUUGGUUGAAUACUGUUUGCGGAGAUUUUUACAAACUAUUCCGGGUUCUGCACAAAUUCCUGGCAUUUGAAGUAGGCGACAAUGUGGCAAUUAUGGAAAUGGCCUUCCUCUGCCUGUCGCAAAUUGUGGUUUGCAUCAGAAGUCUGGAACGAACUCUGACGACCGAACAGGAGCAGAAGUGUGUUUUGUCGUCAACUCGUCAAUGCUUUCUAGACAGGAUAAUCUGGUGCCUAACAAAGAUCAAAACCCUCUCGGACGAGGAAACACCAUGUGCGCAAGAUUGCACAACUGAAUCGAAUUUUGUCAGUUUCCUUGACUUGGCCCUGAAUUUGGUUGGUCCGCUGACGGUUGCAUUCGAAGAUUCGGGGCUGAACCGGGCGCAGCAGGAUGCCGAUGCGAUGAUGGAAUGUACCCGUAUUAGGUCGGUGAUCGAAGCGCUGAUUACGCAGUCUUUCGCUUUCGGGAACGUUCUGGAGGAUGAGGAUAAGAAUCGUCUGACCAACGUUUGCCAGCGAGUGCUCAAGGAAUGUAUCGCACUGGAGAAGGAAUCGGCUCUGGUGGAAGGAGCUAGUCGUCCCGAUGGACAAAACAGACGCCUGAAAGCUAGCGUGCUGGAAAGUGCCAUUUAUCACCUGGAAACGCAAGUCAAUGAUUGUCUGUUGAAAAUAGUUUUUGAAACUUUUGCGGAAAUGGAUCGCAAGUUAAUUGGUCGCAUGAGAAAACUGGUAAAAGAAGAAGCAAGUGAAGAGGAGAUCGAUAACAUGACCAAUAGGAUUGAUACCAUGGUGGAUCGGAUUAUGCAAAUUGGCCUUUUUGCAAUUUCUUAUGCGGAUAACUACAAAGCGGCCUCUGACAUCCGAAGCUGCUUGGCCUCCAUCGAAGCUCUGGAUUCCUACUUGAUCCCUUCCUUCUACGUAAAUUGCGAUCAUCACUCCAAACUGCUGGAAGAUCACUGGUUAGACGAAUCGGCACUGCUUCGCUGCCACGUUCAAAAAAUCAUCGACAGCAAUGCGUUCGCGCUGUGUUUGAUCGAAAUCAUCGAAGCCGGGAUCGAUCGUAUGGCAGAAUCGUUUGAUCCAACUGAUGCUGAAAAUCUCGUUCGCAAAGCAAACGUUUUCAAACAACACGUCGAAAUCAACGCCACGGAUUUGAAACUAAAUCAGACCGAAUCGUUUAGACUUUAUUUUGAAGAUUUCAAAAUGAUGGUACUUGAAUGCAAAGCCAUAGUCAAAUGCUUCGAGGAGGAUCCGUCGAUCGGAGAGGAUAGAAUUUUGAAGAGAUUUCGUAUACUGCUGGGCAAGCUAAGAAAAAUUCAGCUCUCGAUUAGCGCUGGAAAAGUAAGUCAACCAGUAAAAGAGGAACCCGUCGAACCAACGCCACUAGUUGUGGCGCAAACCGACGAAGAGAAGGAAGUUGAUCAAAGUGUUAGGGAGUUUUUCAGCAAUAGCAUUCAAAAGCCUUCUACUGGCAGUAUUCUAUAUCGCAGCACAAGAGGCGAAAAAUCACGCCGAGAUUCAACCGUUUCACUGUUGGAACUGAAGAGCUUUUCCGACAUCACUGCGCAGUUGCGGAAACGGGCAGAAACUACGCCGGACAGGAACGCUGCCAAGGGAUUGUCUGCGGCCCAUUCCAGUCGAAAGAAGCUCAUCAGACGGAACAGUUUGCGAGUGGUGCUGUUCAAGCGUCAACAGAGCAAACAGACGGCAGAGUUUUUCGAGAGUUUUAAAAGCGACAUAGAUCUGCAAAUUACUGACAUUUUAGAUCAGUUGACCGAUUUAUCGAGUACGUUUACGAGUGCUCCGGCGAAAGAGCAGCAGCACAUGGACAAAACUGUGCUGGAAAAGCGAAUCGAAGAAGUAGUUUUGACAGAAACUAAAGUUUUACCGAGUACACGGAAGUCUAUCACCAAGGAGGAGAUAGCGAUCCACGAAGACAACAGGAUUAGUAUUAACAUUACUACGGAUAUAUGAGUUUAAGAA